AUGCUACCAGACAACAGACCCGGAGCGGCUGGGAUGUCACCCAAGAAUCCAACAGCACCGAAGAGAAAAAGAGAACAAGAGAGCACCAUUGAAGAGCCAGAAGUAGAGGCAAUCGAUCCAGAAGUUGCGUAUAAAGCAGCGGGCAAUCCGCAUUGGCGUCAACGUCAGCGUCGUGCUUCCACGGACUUGAGACUCAGCCACGCUCCAAUGGCGGACCGUGAUAUGAUUGAAGACAUGAGAGACGUGGCGCUCGAAGAUAAUUCUACAGGCUUCGAGGCUACAGAUGAUGCUGGCGAGGACAUUGAGAUGGAGGAUAACGAGGACGAAAACAACGACGUCCCUCAGCCGCGCGCCUCGCGCAGCUUCCGCCUCCACCCCUCCCUCUUCGACCACAGCCGUACCCGCAACACAACCGACAACCCCUCGACCCUGAUUCUCUACUUCAAGACCUCUCCCACCGACAUUGAGGGCUCCAAGGAAUUGAAAUCGCGUCUCGACGAUCUCAUCACGAAGCCUUCGAUCAGAAUGGUGCAUUUGACUUCCCUACAGACGACUGUGUACGACAAUGGCGGGAUUGAGAUUCGCGUGGCUAAGUUCUCGAGUGGGGAUGUCAUUUACAAUGAUGGUGAAGGGCUCACGGUACGGGAUGUGGUUGAGCAUCUCGAGGCGAAUCUUAAGAAGCCGGGUGUGCUGCGGAUUGAGACGGAUAUUGGGGCGAGUACUUUUAUUGAGAUUUUUGAUGCUGUUGAGAAGAAGUGA